CACACUCCCUCUCUCUCUCUCUCUCUCUCUCUCUCUCUCUCUCUCUCUCUCUCUCUCUCUCUCUCUCCCUCUCAGAGCGGCAGCAGGAAGGCGGACCUGACGGACGCAGCGGCGCUCAUGGAUCCUGAUACCGGUUCCGGUUCUGGUUGUGGUUCAGGUCGUGGUCUGGGUCCCUGCUCGGGCCGGUCCAUGCUGGCGUGGCUGGUGGGCGCGGCCCAGGUGGUGGGCGUGGCCUGCGUGGUGCUGUCGGGGGUGUGGAUGGGUCAUUACCGCGGCGGCUUCGCCUGGGAUGGCUCCGCCCACCAGUUCAACCUGCACCCGCUGUGCAUGGUGCUGGGCCUCGUCUUCCUGUACGGAGACGCCGUCCUGGUCUACAGAGUGUUUCCUAACGAGCAGAGGAGGAGUGUGAAGCUGCUUCACGCUGGGAUCCACUUGCUCGCCCUCGUCAUCAGCAUCGUUGGCAUGGUUGCAGUGUUUGACUUCCACAGAGCUCAGAAGAUCCCAGACAUGUACUCUCUGCACAGCUGGUGUGGCAUGACCACCUUCAUCCUGUUCUGCCUGCAGUGGGUGAUGGGCCUGGGGUUCUUCCUGUUUCCGGGGGCGUCGUCAUGGUUACGGGCCUGGUACCUCCCCCUGCAUGUGUUCUGGGGCGUGGCUCUGCUGGCUCUGGCUGUGGGCAGCAGCCUGUUGGGCAUCACCGAGAAGCUGCUGUUCAGCAUCAUGUCGUCCUAUCCCCUGUUUGACCAGGAGGGGGUGCUGGCGAACGGCCUGGGGCUGCUGCUGCUGGCCUUCGGGCUGCUGGUGGGCUUCGUGCUGAGCAGGGAGGAGUUCAGACGCCCACCUCACCCGGAGGAGGAGGCGCUGUCCGUGCACUUCAAGACCCUGACGGAGGGGGGGUCGCCGUGCACGCCCUGAUGUCUGUGCAUGUGUGUGUGUGUGUGUGUGUGUGUGUAUGUGUGUGUGUGUGGGGGGGGGGUGACUGUGCAGCCCUGAGUCAAGCCUUACCUGUGAAGAAAAACAUCACAGCCUUUAAAACCUUCAGAUCUGUUUGUUGUGUAGAUUUACUUUCAUGUCAUGUUGAGACCCUCUGGGGAGCCGGGGGCCGCAUGUUGAGAACCACAGCGCCUUCUGAUACAUCCAUCACAUCCUAUUACAUUAUCAUUACUGUUAGUAUAGUUGCUAUUCAUUGUUGCACUGCAGCAGUAAUAAAACACUCAUUUGACCCCUGUCAGAGAUCUGAGGUCAGAGGUCAGAGGUCAGAGCAGGUCAGAGGUCAGGUCAGAGGUCAGAGGUCAGAGGUCAGGUCAGAGGUCAGAGGUCAGGUCAGAGGUCAGAACA